CUAACUCGACCACCGUGCAUAAGGUGAUCGUGAAGAGCAUCGGUAUCUUCCAGAUCCGCAGCAUAUAUAAAUCUAUGUUAUUCUUGUGGUUGCGGUUAGGAAGUCCACUAUCAUUCGAUUCUCUCAAGACAAGGCGAGGCCCAGAAUCUUACUAGGAAUUCGAAGGAUGACCGCGAUGGGCAGAUUGAUUCUCAUGGGUUUAGGAGCAUUUGUGUUGGCCGGGGUCGCGCCGGCGCUUGCCGCUGACACGACCUGCUCUAUGGUUCAGCAAUUUUCAACGGCCGGCACGACGGAGUGUAAGGUGCCCGCCAAUGUGCGAAUUGUUACUUUCGCAGUUUAUGGUUCUGGCGGCGGCGGUGGCGGCGGCGCCGGGAACAGCGCCUCAGAUGGUGGUCAGGGCGGCACCUCAAACAAAAUAACCACCUUUUCCGUCCAAGUUACUCCCGGUGAAUUUAUCACGGCGCAGAUUGGGCAGGGCGGUGCCGGUGGCGCCGGAGGCAUCGCCACGACCUGUACCAAAUGCCCUGCAGGCAGCGGCGGAACAGGCGGACUCACAAGAUUGCAAAUCCCCAGCCAGGGCUUUUUGUCGCUCGCAGGCGGCGGCGGUGGUACGGGUGCUACGAGGAAUAAAGGCGGAAAUGGUGGCAUAGGGACUGCUCGGCUUAGGACCGAUAUGCAGCCGAUUCCAGGUCCAGUUACAAGCACCGGCUUCUGCGCCUUGGUUGGGGCAUCCGUCGGUGGUCAGGGCGGCCCGGGCAAUCCCUUUGGCACUGGCGGUCAAGGUUCGCGCGGCGCCCCUGGCUGUAUCGAGCUGCUUUUCUCAAGCUAA